AUGUCGACAUAUGAAUACAAAGCACUACCGGAUCCAAGAAAGUGCAUGAGACUGCUGAAGCUUUUGACAACUUCUGAUCCCUUGUCCUACACCUGGGGUCAGCAAGACGCGUCAUGCUCAAUCUGGCUUAGAGAUGCCGGAUAUUCUGCAUGGAAACCUUUCUCCAUAAGACCGAAUCUCGAGUCGUGCCUCAAGCAGCUUCGGAACAGGGAAGCUCGCAUAUUAUGGAUUGAUGCGAUCUGCAUCAACCAAACGGACAACGUCGAGAAGGGCCAUCAGGUCGCGACCAUGGAUCUGGUUUAUCAAUCGUAA